AGGUGGAGACAGAUUAGAGCAAAUCGAAUCGUCCGUUAUCAACUGAUAAAUAAAAAAAAUAGCUCUUUGCACAUUUAUUGGAGACGUUAUCUCCAAUGGGACGCAUUUUAGUUUGGGCCAUUAUAGACCACUCCAUUAGUAGUCGAAUCUUCGGCCAGUGAACACUAUACAGGCUAGUUGGAUAGUACAUACCUGGAAGUCAAUAUAUUAAAAUUGCAAUGUUCGACAAGUGUCGGACACGGAGUUUGGGAAAGCUUCAUCUGUUUUGGAAAAUCUACCUGUCUACGUUGUGUCUGCUGAUUAUCUACAAUGAAUAUCUCAUCCACAUAUUUCACAGUCUGCAAUGGUCCCAGAUUCCUUGUCAGACAGGUACUUGAACGAUAAAUGUCUCAAAAUUUUACUUGUGGCGGAUCCCCAAAUAUUGGGCAACACUUUCGAUACCAAGCUUUAUUGGCCCCUGGCAAAUCUCGACUCUGACUGGCAUCUCUCAAAAACAUAUCGCAAGGCCUUGCAGCACACCACACCGGAUGUAAUCCUUUUCUUAGGCGACCUUAUGGACGAGGGAAGCGUGGCCAGUGCCGUUCAGUACGACGAAUACUACGCUAGAUUUGCAAACAUUUUCCCACAACCAAAGGCGAGCACAUCGAUGAUCUACAUUGCAGGUGAUAACGACAUCGGUGGCGAGGGUCGGGACUUGAUCUCCGAGGAAACAGUUCAACGUUUCCGGCAGUAUUUCAGCGAACAACCCACGUGGGUGCUGGAGCACAAGGCGAAAUUCUUCAAUAUUAAUCGGUUUACACGAUCCAUGCCGCCAGCGGAAGAUUUCAAUAGCGAUCCGGAUUCGUAUUCGAUUUUUCUAAGUCACGCGAGCUUAUUGAAAAAUGCAGAUUUGUUCGCGGAGAAGGCAAUUGACGCAUUUCAUCCGCACGUCAUAUUCUCAGCGCACGAUCACGUGUCCAAAAUGGUCGUCACCCAUAGGAACGACCUGUUCCGGGCCGUUGAUCCAAUUUCGCUCAACACCGAUCGCAACAAGCGGCAUGAAAUCUCGUCCUUUAAUCUCGUAGAUCUCCGUUACCAGCAAAAGCUGCUGGAGAUCAUGGUACCGACCUGUUCGUACCGGAUGGGCGUCAUGAAGAUCGGCUACGGCUAUGCGGUGUUGGAUGGUGACGAGCUGAGGUAUACGGUCCUUUGGACAUCGCAACGGUUCUACCAGCUGGCGGUUUACUCGUUGAUGAUCAUCCCGUUGAAGCUGCUUUGUGGACAAAUUUGGUGCGCGAUUUUCAAAAGAUAUUGGUGUUGCUGCAAGUCCCGGAAUCGGAACUAUCUUCCGUUGCACGUUAGUUAACCUAGUUGGGCUGCAGCUCUUUCAACCAGUAACGACUAUCUCACAUCGCAAAAUCUUCAAUGGUAUAUUUUUCUACUUUUUAAAUGUAUAACAUUAUAUCAUAAGCAAAAAAGUUCAGAAAUCCCAAUAAAACAUGUUGUCCAUUCAA